AUGCCGAAAAGUCAUAGGGUGCAUCAGAUUUUCCAAUUCCUCAUCCUCCAACUCUUAGGUCAAAUCCACUGGUCUUCCGGUGUACCAGUACCAAGGCUUAGCACCGUGGACUGGGCUAACCACAACACCUUCGAACCACAAGGUCGCGGUACUUACGCUUUCGGGUACGACAUCGAGGAUCCAGAAACAAACAACGUUCAGUUCAGAGACGAGGAAAGGUACCAGAAUGGUACGGUGGUCGGCAGCUAUGGGUACGUGAAGCCCGACGGAAAUGCCCAUAUCGUCAAAUACGUUGCUGAUGAAAAUGGAUACAGAGCAACUGUUGAAGAUACCGUUGGUCAACCAAAAUUCUAUGGAUAUCCAAUUAGUGAGACCAAAAUGGUAUCAAGCACUCCAUCAUCGGUUUUGUUGACAGCACUGAACUCUCAAUAUUCGUAUGGUAAGCAGAAAAUUCAUGAGCAGAGGUUGAGGCCAAUAGAUUCGAUAUCACAGACGAAUCCGUAUAACAGUUUUUCGCAGAGGAAUGAUGCUCAGGAAAUGCAGAAUGAGUAUUUGAGACAACACUAUUUUACCAAACCUGAAAAGUAUUACAUUAGGUUUUAGUAACUAACAUAUUGAAUAAUUUAUUUGAAGGAGUAUUUAUAUAUUUAUUUUUC